UAAUUAAUGCUUUAGUUUUGACAUAUUUCACAAUUCAAAACUUUCAAAGAUGAUUCAAAAUUUCAGUUCAAUCCUUAAAAGGAUUCUGAAUCCAAAAUUAACCCGAAAUUUUGGGUGUGUCUCAAAUGAACACAUAAAAGUAACAAUUAUCGGAGGAAUGGGGAGCACUGGAAAACCUCUUGCAAUGUUAUUGAAACAAUCCCCGUUGAUAGACGAGCUGUGCAUAUAUGAUGUACGAGCUUGCAAGGGGUUCGUUCACGAAUUGAAUCAUAUCGACACCAGAUGCACAGUUACAGGGCAUUGUGGAAAAUGCAACCUUGGAAAAGCUCUACAAAAUUCGAGGAUAAUAGUGAUGUUGAUGUCUGUGACCAAGGGAAGCAUCCAGAAUUAUUCAGCCCAAUUUGAGCAGAAUGCACCAUUGGUCCAAUGCAUAACAGAAUUUAUAGGAAAUUGUUCACCUAAGUCCUUGAUAGCUGUUGGUACCAAUCCGGUGAAUUCUAUGGUUCCUCUGGUCAGCGAAGUGAUGAAGAGAAAGGGUGCCUAUAGUCCUAACAACAUUUUCGGCGUCACUACAGUGAAUUCGGUGAGAGCAAAUACAUUGUCUGCGGCCGCUCUAGGACUUGAUGCUGAAUGUGUAAUCGUACCUGUUGUUGGUGGACACACCGAGACCACAAUGGUUCCUGUCUUGUCCAAAGCCAAACCAUGUUCCGAAUUUACACCGGAGAUUGUGGAAAAAAUAACAAGAACCGUAAGGUACGGAAUGAUAAACGUGGCAAAGUUGAAAACGAACUCUGCAGACUCUCUUGCUGGAGCAUUUGCCUUCGCCAGAUUCGUUAUCUCUUUGGUGAAAGGCCUGAGAGGGUACCAGGGGAUUGUCGAGUGUUCCUAUGUGAGGUCUAAGGUGCAUCCACAGUUGAAAUACUUGGCAAAUCCACUUCUACUCGGUCCAGCUGGAGUGAUGCGAAAUUUGGGUAUUCCCAAACUGAACGAUUAUGAGAAGUGCCUCUUUGACAACAUCAUCCCAAUCCUAAUAAACGAUAUUCAAAGGGGUGAAAAGUAUGUGGGUGUGUACGAUCCUCCUAUAUGCAACCUGUGCGAUGAGAACCCUCUACCGGAAAGGUGCCCAAAUUCUGUCUGCACCAGAAAUCCUCCUUGCUGAAAAUUGAAUAAUUGUUUCAAGUUUGAUGUGCCUUACCUUUCAACUCGGUGAGACUUUUCUACUGUAUAUCUUUAUUUAAAAACAAAUCAGCAAAAUGUGUAAUCUUGAAUUCAAUAAAAAAAUACUUACA